CUAAAAGCUUCAAAAACUUACAGCAACAAGUGAUGAAUGGAUUUAAUUUAAUUACCAUUUGUUAUAUAUAAAAACAAAUAUAUAUAUAUUAAACUAUUGAUUACAUAUUACGCAAAUGUUUUUAUCAACAGUAAUGAGUCUCAAGUGCUGCUUUCUGAUGGAAAAUAUACAAGGUGUAUAUUAUUAUUACGUACUGAGAAUUACACGUGUUUGUUUAGGUUAAUUUUUUUGACAUCAUUGUUUAUUAAACAUGAAAAAAAGUGAUGAUAUUUGUAAACCGUUGCCAUAUGAAAUAAGUAAACAAGCUAGUACUCUAGAUAAUAGAGAAAGAUUUAUAAUUGAUUUUCUUGAACAACGAUUACCAAGUACUGAUAGUUCACAAAUUAUUGAUGAACUUAAAAAGACAUUUGUAUUGGACAAACUUAGAGCAAACAAAAAAAUAAAACCAAAAAAAGGUAAUUUUUUAAGUGGACGUAAAAGAAAAUUACUCGGAAUAAAAACAGUUGGUUUAAAUAAAAAAUUAAAAUAUAAAGAUUUAUUACCUUUAAAUAAACUUUGGCUUGAAUAUUUUUCUCAAACACUUGGAGUUAAUUUUAAAGAAUUACCAAAUCCUGGUGACAAUGAUUGGGAGAGUAUUAAUCAGAAAAUAAUGAAAUCGGAUUUUCAUGGAGCCAAAGUUAAAGUCGUUAAAUCAAAGUGUCCUAGUUUAAUUGAUAUUCAAGGAAUAAUAGUACAAGAUACUAAAAAUACAUUUAGAAUUGUUAGUGAAGAUGAUACUGUACGGACUGUUCCAAAACACGCUGUUGCUAUUGACAUUCAAUUAAUAGAAACAAAAUUCCAAUUGUUUGGUAAAGAUUUAUGUAUCAGGCCAGCUGAGCGUGUUAAAAUAAAAAAUAAAUUUACUCCUUCAACUAGUUUAUAAUGAAAAAAUAUAA